GUAGUGUGAAAAAUAUAUCAGAGUACAGAAAUCACGAGUGAAUUGUUCUGAAUCCAGGUGAAGGGGAAGAGGUGUAAGAUAAGGUGUAAAGGGAGCGAGUGAGUCCAUCAGUGGCUCGGUCACAAGACCUCUGCUCGCCCAGUCCACCAACAACCCUCUUUACUGCACUUCCUCAUACUUUACUGUGCGUGUGUGUGACAUUAACAAACACAAGUGCUUUUUUAAGUUUUAUUUUGGAUAAUGAACAACUAACAACUUUUUGGUGUUUGAUUUAAUGAAAUAAUCCGAGUAGCAUAUUUUUAUGAUUUUGUCCUGGAAAUGUUAACGAUUAGGUGUUACAAUUACUGCAACAAAGAAUUCGGAACGAAUCUGCUUGGACGAUCAUCUAACACAAGACGCAAUAAACUUGAAUAAAUUCGAAGUUUGGUAUAAACUUGAAUAAAUUCGAAGUUUGGUAUAAACUUGAAUAAAUACGAAGUUUAUUUUGAAAACAAUAAUGUGUUACAAGUGGGCGAUCUUGAUAUAUAUUACAUAAGCAAUAUCAAGAGCAUUCCAUAUGUAUUGCAAAUUGCAGUUUGCCUGAUGGUGGUAGCAGCAAUGUUAUCGAGUAUGGGAAGUGCGGCGGGCGUCCACAACGAUGCCGUCACAGGAACUGACAUCAACAACUUGAAAAUGAUCUGUGAUCCUAACUGCUGCACAUCCAGUAACAACGUGACUAUUUGUUUUAUUAACUACAAUUUUACAGACAGAGUAAACAUAACGAAACUGGCGAGUUGGGAUCUGGGAGUGAGAUGGACGUACGCCAUCCUGGUGAUGCUGGUGGCCCUCUUGGGCAACCUCUCCGUCAUCAUCAUCCUGCUCAAGAACCGUCUGCUGCUUCGCACCUCCGUCAACCACUUCAUCCUCAACAUGUCGGUGGCCGACCUCCUCCUGGCCCUCGCUGGGCCCAUACCCUUCACCAUCCGAGAUACCAGCUACUUCUGGGUGCUGGGUGAAGUCUGGUGUCAUCUUGAAGGUUACAUACUCAUGUUGGUGAUGAUGGCGAGCGUCACCUCCCUGGCCAUCAUCAGCUUCGACCGUAUGGUGGGGGUGGUGUCGCCCUUCCACCAGCACCUGAAGCGUCGCCACGCCGUCGCCAUCAUCGCCUCCGUCUGGCUCCUGGCUGGCCUUCUCGCUCUGCCCUUCGGCUUCUACAGGGUGUACUCGGAGCGUGUGUGGAAGGACCUGACGGAGAGGAUAUGUGGUGAGGAAGAUGACAAGAUAAGGAUAUGGUGGAAAGUAAGCAUCCUCGGCCUCAACUGGUUCCCCCUUGGUGUGAUGGUCAUCUCCUACACCACCAUAUUUUUCUACUUCAAACAAGUUAAAUUCAAGGGGACGAUUAGCCGAAGAGAGCAUCCUGCCAUGGUGCACCUCAAGCAGCGGGUGGUGAGGAUGAUGUUCGCGAUGGUGCUGGUAUUCACCGUCUGCUGGUUGCCCUUCCAGAUCCUCAAGUUAGCCCAGAGGAGCUUUAUCGACGACACCGGUCACUACGUCAGCACCAGUGCUGAGAAGACCUACAAGACCCUGUUGACAGUGUCGCAGUACAUGAUCUACUGCAAUCCCGCUCUCAACCCCAUCGUCUAUGCCCUCAUGCACCAGACCUUCAGGAGGGCCUUCAGGGUCACCUUCCCCUGCUUCUAUAACCGCAAGUCGUCCCUGGUGCUGACCCCGGGCGUGGGGAUACAGAGGUACGUGUGGUCUGUCAAGUCCACCGUGUCUGAUGUCUACGGCAAGGACGUCGUCACCACGCCUCCACGCAACUUGAGAGACCGAAUUCGCGGCAGAAACCAGCUCACACCUUCGGCUGUACUGUCAACAUCGGCUCUGGCUGCCUCGAUUGCCUUGGACUCCAAGUCGACGCAGCAAAGAGAACGGAGCUCUUCUGAGCGACGUGGAGAUGGUGCCCUGAGCCGCACAGUGGCCGGCCACCCGGAGCUCUCCUUCAACGCCAGCGAAGGUUACGUCAACGACCUGCAACACAGGAGGAUGUCGUUCAUCAGUACUGGCGCGCUGGGACACCUCAUCACUCAAGUUAUCGAAGAAGAAACCUCAAGCGACUUAGAAAACGAGCGCGUGUUAUAACGACACUUAUGAAGAGAAUGGUUUCUCGGUGUAUAUACAGAAUCCACGAAGAAUGUUUGCUGAUUGGUUUAGGGUCGCAAAUGUUAUUAACACUCCCAAGGAUGAUAGGCCUGUAGCUCAAAGUGAAACAACAAUUACAACACGUUGUAUUAACAAUUAGAUUUGUAGGCCAAUGCAGAAAUAUAUUUUGCGCUGACAAAAUAGCAACAAAUAACUAAUGAAUGAUUAUUAUAUAGGAAAAGUUUUAUAUCUUCUUGUGAACAGCAAAAUUGGUGUUGAAUGUACAAAUUAUUGAACGUAUAGGUAUUUUAGGAAUGUGCAAUUAACGGUACAAGUCAGUUGUAUCGUUGGAGUCAGCUGUAAUGUAGGAGUCAGCUGUGUCAGUGGAGUCAGCUGUGUCGUUGAAGUAACCAGUAUCGUUGAGUCAGCUACAUUGUUGGAGUCAACUGAAUCGCAGGAGUCAGGUGUGUCGUCGGAGUCAGGUGUCUGGAAUACAAAACCAACAGAGCUAGGACGACUGCCUGUUGCAGAAUUUUGGUCAAACUAAAACAAUUUUUUUCUGCUCGGGAGAUGCUGGAGAUUUUGUGGACAUUUCUCAAGGGUAUAACGCAGUCUAGAUCACAGACGAAGAAAUAUCUAUAUCUAUUAAAUAUAAUGUCUGUCCGUUCAAGAUUGAAGACCAACCGGUUGGCGUUAGCUUCACCCAACUUUGCAGAGUGACUAGGGAUUGUGUGUGACCAGGACGGGUCUUACUGGCCCAUGCUGGUCACACACCGAUUUCCGCCUCCGCCGGAAAUCGAACCCAAGCCAUUAGGACUUCGACCCGCAAGCGCUAUCCACUCAGCCACGAGACACCUUCUGUGUGUGUACUCACCUAUUUGUGCCUGCAGAAUCGAGCA